AAGAAUUUCUGGAUUGAUCGUUAUAAUUUUGCGUUUCUGUCUCUUUCGAACAGGAAUUUCGAAGUGCCCUUGGAUUGACUAUUAUUCAAUUUCAUCAACCUGGUCCUUUUUUGGCUUCUUCCGAUUGAUUUUCGUACAUCAAUAAAUCUGUUGGACGUAGAGAAUUCACGUUGUAUCUGGGUUUCUAGGGUUAUGAUUUGUGGUUGGCAAUGAAUCCCCUGUGCUGAGGGCAAUUGAUGGAUUCAGCAAGGAGUUGGCUGCAUAAGUUUCAGCCAAGAGAACGAUUGAGGCCAAGCACAGGAAAGAAGGAUUCAACGGUUGAUGAUGAAGAUUUAAAUAACCCAGUGAUGGAUGAAGAGGCCUCAAAUAUAACAAAGCAGAAGGUCGAAGCAGCGAAAAAGUAUAUUGAAAACCAUUACAAGGAACAAAUGAAGAAUUUGCAAGAGAGGAGAGAAAGGCGAAUCUUACUUGAGAAAAAAUUGGCUGAUGGUGACGUUUCUGAGGAAGAUCAAAACAACUUGCUUAGAUUUUUAGAGAAGAAGGAAACUGAAUACAUGCGCCUUCAAAGACACAAAAUGGGGGCUGACGAUUUUGAGUUGCUCACAAUGAUUGGAAAGGGUGCAUUUGGUGAGGUCAGAAUAUGCAGGGAGAAGACAACAGGAACUGUAUACGCCAUGAAAAAGCUUAAGAAAUCAGAAAUGCUACGUAGAGGUCAAGUUGAGCAUGUGAAAGCUGAAAGGAAUCUACUUGCUGAGGUUGAUAGCAAUUGCAUCGUCAAGCUAUAUUGUUCUUUCCAAGAUAACGAAUAUCUAUAUCUCAUAAUGGAAUAUCUACCUGGUGGAGACAUGAUGACCCUGCUUAUGAGAAAAGAUACCUUAAGUGACGAUGAAGCCAGAUUUUACGUUGCCGAAACAGUUUUAGCCAUUGAAUCCAUCCACAAACAUAAUUACGUACAUAGAGACAUCAAACCUGAUAAUUUGCUACUUGAUAGAUAUGGUCAUUUGAGAUUAUCGGAUUUCGGAUUGUGUAAACCUUUAGAUUGUAGCACACUGGAGGAUCAUGAUUUCUCGACAGUUGAUAAUGUCUCCAAUUCAACAGUUGAAGGGAAUUCCGCUGCUCCAAAACGCACACAACAAGAACAACUGCAGCAUUGGCAGAAAAAUAGGAGGACGCUUGCUUAUUCAACUGUUGGGACUCCUGAUUAUAUUGCUCCAGAAGUUCUACUGAAGAAAGGUUAUUCGUUAGAAUGCGAUUGGUGGUCUCUUGGUGCUAUUAUGUACGAAAUGCUCGUGGGAUAUCCACCUUUCUACUCCGAUGAUCCAAUGUCAACUUGCAGGAAGAUAGUACAUUGGAAAUCACAUUUGAAGUUCCCUCAAGAAGCACACCUUUCUUCAGAAGCAAAGGAUCUUAUCAGCAAACUGCUCUGUAAUGUCAACUGCAGGCUCGGUUCAAAAGGCGCAGAUGAAAUAAAGGCUCAUCCCUGGUUUAAAGGUAUUGAUUGGGACAGAAUAUAUCAAAUGGAAGCCGCGUUCAUUCCAGAAGUUAAAGAUGAAUUAGAUACUCAAAAUUUCGAAAAGUUUGAAGAGUCUGAACACCAAAUUAAGACUUCACCAAGAUCUGGACCAUGGAGAAGGAUGCUUUCGUCCAAGGAUAUUAACUUUGUUGGCUACACAUACAAGAACUUUGAGAUCGUUAAUGAUUAUCAAGUUCCCGGAAUGGCUGAACUGAAAAAGAAGAAAGCCAAACCGAAGAGGCCAACAAUCAAAUCACUAUUCGGUAACCUAUUCAUUCAUGGCGAAGAAGAACCGGGUAACGGUAAUGAAUCAUCAUAACGGAAGCGUUUGCCACCUCAUCGGGUUCAGAUCAUACGAAAAAUCGUUAUGAUCACAAAAUUUCAGUUGAGCAAAAUACAUAAUUUCUUUAUAAUUUGGUAUCAAAAUCAAAUGUAGAAGUUGUUUACUUUUUAUAUGCUUGAAUCUUGGAUCAUAUUUUCUUGAGAGCCUACAGAAACCCUGCAGUGCACAAAGAGCCAAAUGUUGUAGCUUGAAUUUGACCGUUGUUAAAUACCUUAUUGCAUUGGUUUUCAAUUAAUAAAUACAAUUUUUAAAUGA